UUCCUUUGUCGGAGGCCGCGCCGGGGGGGGCGGAGGGUCCUGCCGGGGCUGUGCAGGCUCCCGCCAGCCGCGCCCCUGCCCGCUCACUCCCGCCCUUCCCCUCCUCCGCGGGGCGGGGCGCCCGGCGCUCCGGCGGCGGCAACAGCGAUCAGCAGCAGCGAGCAUGUCCUCCAGCAGGGCCAAGAAAGUGAAGAUGGCCACCAAGUCCUGCCCGGAGUGCGACCAGCAGGUUCCUGUUGCUUGUAAAUCCUGUCCCUGUGGCUACAUAUUUAUUAGUCGAAAACUCUUGCACGCCAAACGUGCUGAGAGAUCACCACCAAUCACAGAAAACAAGAGUGAAGCCAAAAGAAGACGGACAGAGAGAGUUAAACGAGAGAAGAUAAAUUCUGUGGUAAAUAAAGACUUAGAAAAUCGAAAAAGAUCCAGGUCUAACAGCCAUUCAGAUCAUAGCAGACGAGGGAGAGGAAGACCUAAGAGUGCCUCAGCCAAAAAGCAUGAGGAAGAAAGAGAGAAACAAGAAAAAGAAGUUGACAUGUAUGCUAACCUUUCAGAUGAAAAGGCCUUCGUAUUUUCAGUGGCCUUGGCGGAAAUAAACAGAAAAAUUAUCAAUCAAAGACUUAUUCUGUAACUUGUAAGCACAAUCUGAUGCAUUUCUAUGCAGAAUGGCUAGCAUAUUUCCAAGGUGUUGUGGACUCUCAAAAAGUGUCUUGUCUGCACCAACGAGGACCAUAGUAUUUCCUGUUAAAAUUCUUCUGCUGUUCUUGGGAAUCGCAUUCUGUCUCUACAAGUCAGAAAGGAAGUGUUCACAAGAUUGAGCUAUGAAAAAUCAGAAAGCAGAUUUGUUUUACACCUUGAAGACAAAUGCUAGACAAAUGCACAGAGAGACUGUACCCAUUCCAGAGCACUUCUUUUAAAUUUGCUGCCAGAAAUGCAAUAUUUUAAAUAUUUUCGGAAAUAAAUGAUUUUCCUUUAAAAUUAUAUAUUUCAGAUUUUUCAGCUAUAUUGCAGUUUACAUAUGUACAGUUCACAUAUCUUUUUAAUAAAUUGAUAUUCCAAUA